ACUUAUCUAUAAUUCAUAUGUUUGUGUGUGUGUGUGUAUCUGUCAAACUCUAAAGCAAGAAAAUGACAGUUCACAAUUUGUACAUAUUUUCACGAAAUGGUUCAUUGUUGUAUUAUACAGAAUGGAAUAGAUUAAAUAAAUCAGGAAUGACACAAGAGGAGGAAGCAAAACUAAUGUAUGGAAUGCUUUUUUCAAUUAAAUCAUUUGUGAAUAAAAUAUCACCAUUAGAUCCAAAGGAGGGAUUUCUUUAUUACAAAACAAGUAAAUAUACCCUUUAUUGUUUUGAAACAGUUUCUGGAUUAAAAUUUGUUCUCAAUACUGACAAUGCUGCUCAAAAUGUUCGUGAAUUAUUACAACAAAUAUAUAGCCAGGUGUAUGUUGAAUAUGUUGUAAAAAAUCCACUCUGUCAUCUAAAUCAACCAAUUCAAAGUGAAUUAUUUAAAACAAAAUUAGACGAAUUGAUUAAAAAAUCUCCAAUAUAUUUAAAUCGAUCAUUAUAACUUCUUUUGUAAAUAAAUUACGUUAUUUUUUAUAUAACAAGAAGUUUCAUUUAAAAAAAAAAUACUUGACAGGUAAUAAUAAUAAAAUAUAAUAUUUUAAUGUAGGAAGUUUAUUCUAAUAAAUUUGUUUUCCAAGUUA